AUGCCAAUUACCGGAUGCAUACACACACACACACACACAUACAUACACAUACACACACACACACACACACAUAUACAUACAAACAUACGUACAUACACACAGACAGACACAUGCAAUCAUAUAAAACUUUUCGGAAUUUCAUUGCUUAUUGGUAUAAAAGGGAAAGGACGUUUCUAA